AUGAAUAUUCAAAAAAUUACAACAUUUUGUUUUAUUAUUUCUUAUUUAGUAUUUUGUCAUAUUAUAUGGAAUGGAUGUUAUAAUAUUUACUCCACUUCUGAAGAUGAAAUGUAUAGCAUGCUAUAUUCUAAAAAAAAAGAAGGGAAAUCCAUUAAAGCUGAUAUAAAAAAUAACAUAAAAUUAAAAGAUAUAAAAAAAUUUUACGUGAAAUCAACACCAUGCCCUGUCUUACCUAGGCCAUUUAAAUCUAUUUUUCACUUAAAUUGGUUUAGAAAAUCAUCCGAACUAAUACCUAUAAGUAUACAGCUGUAUUCUAUGUUUGAUGAAAAAAAUAAUUUCUUAGGAUUUAUUCUUUUGUGUUCAGCAAUAUUUACAAUUAUUGAAUGGGUGUAUAUAGCUUAUUUAGCUUGUGUUUUACUAUGGGAUGGAGUUAUUAAACCUCUAUUUAAAAUUUUAUAUAUACUAAUUUCAACCUACAUGAUUAUAAAAUUUAUAGUAAUAUUUUUACCAUAUACCAAGUCAUAUAUUUCUCCAGAAAAUUAUAAUUAUAUAUCAUCAUUCGUCUUAAAUUUUUAUAAUUUAAUUACCAAGAUAUCAAAAGAGCUCGGACAUUUAAUGAACAAAGUGAUUCAAGAGAGUGCUGUAAUCAAUAAGGAACUUUAA